AAAUACCUUAAUAACUGAACCGCGAAAAUUUCUCUGAUUCAUCUCUCUCCCGCAUAGUUUAAAUCCUUUCUUCUGCAAAUUUAAGGCGAAACCUCGUCGCUGGAAACCGCAACGAUCGAAAAUCUGGCCGGAGGAGGGCGAUACACUCUUUUAUUAUGGCUGGCGAUAAAUUGAAUCCUGCUGCUGAUCACGGGAAAGAAGCUCCGGUCGGUGAGGGUGGCUGGAAAGCUAAUCUGCAGCCGGAGUAUCGGCAAAGGAUCGUCGACAAACUAAUGGAGACAUUAAAGCAGCAUCUACCAUGUUCUGGUGCUAAAGGGCCGCAAGCACUGAAGAACAUUGCUGAACGAUUUGAAGAGACGGUUUAUAGUGAUGCAACUAGUCAGUCUGAUUAUUUGCGCAAGAUUUCUUUGAAGAUUUUCGCAAUGGUGGGCAAAUCACAGAAUUCUAUGCCCAAUUCUUUGCUGUCUAACUCUGCUGACACUGGGGAUAAGCCCACUGAUCUUUGUGAAGAAGCUGCUGCGGACUGGAGAGCUGUAUUGCCGCCACAGUCUCGGGAAAGGAUCACCCUCAAAAUAAUGGAGACGUUAACGAGGAAUUUACCUUGUUCUGGUCAAUAUGCGCUACAAGAACUGAAGAAAAUCGCAGGACGAUUUGAGGAAAAGAUUUAUAAUGCUGCAACUAGUCCGUCUGAUUAUUUGCACAAGAUAUCUUUGAAGAUGCUCACGAUGGAAAGCAAAUCAAAGAACUCUAUACCAAAUAUUUUUCCUUCUAACUCAGCUGGCACUGGUGCAUUGCCUAAUAUCCAACCCCUUCUGUCACUUCCCAUUCGAUUGCCGGCUAAUCAACCUCAAGUACAACAAAAGUUGUUAUCUCAAAACCUGCAAAGCACUAUAACUUCCACUGGAUCUCAGACUUCUGCUAGUUCACCGUCUUCCUUGCCUCCUAUUUCUGGUACGAAUCAUACUCCAAUCGACGUCGUUGGCCAGAGUGCUAACAGCAUGCCUGGUGUUGUGCAAAACCCAGCUGGUAGUACUUCGACGGCCCUAGGGGUUCCAUCCAACAUGUUUGGCAAUGCGCAGCUGUUGAUGCUGCUCCAACAACAGCUAAUACACAUCCAAGACCAGUUGCAACAGCUCCAACAACAGCUGCUGAUGCAUUCACAACUUCAACGACAUAUGCAGCCUCAAGCAAGCACUAUGCAGAUGACUCAAUUGCAGCCCCCUACAUGGAGUAACCUUUAUGUUAACCAUCAGCUGCCACAAAUGAUGCGGCUGCCUGGAACUCAUUCUGGUAACUCCAGGAUGCAGAGUAGCCUUUCUGGUAAAGAUCAGCAACAAUCAAUUCCUCAAAGUAAUUUCUCAAUUCUGCAGCAGCUAAUCCUGCAACAACAGCCUGUUGGAACCAUGUCUGCUAUCCCAAGCACGCAGAGUAACCUUUCUGCGUCGCUAGAUUCCAUGGCACAAACUGGUCCUGCAAACGGAGGUGAUUGGCAGGAGGAAGCCUAUCAAAAGAUCCAGACCAUGAAGGAAAUGUACCUACCCGAGUUAAAUGAAAUGUACAAGAAAUUCGAUUGGAAGUUACAGCACCAUAACGAUUCACCUGUGCUCAAGGCUCAGGUGGAGAGCUUGAUGUCUUUCCUACAAGGAUCGAAAAAGGACGUCUUGCUCGGUUACAAGAUGUGGAUUGAUUCCUUCGAGAAGCAGAUCAUAGCUCUCCUGAACGAGCAUAGGCCCAGCAAGCGUAUGCGACAACAGCUCCGCUCUUCUGAAAUGCAAAUGUCACCGCCGCUGCAUCAGAUCGAUGAUGUGAACGAUGUGAAACCCGACAUUUCUUCUCUUUCAAAUGCUGCCGAUGUCACCUCCGCUGCAUCAGAUCGAUGAUGUUCGAGUCAAGAGUUGCAACUCUUGGGGUAGUUAAAGCGGUUAGUACAAGAAAAAAAGUCAACCUUUCACGAAGCAACAACAAAGUUGAAUUUUGUUCUUGGGUUAAUACCUUAUUUUGGCCCGAACUAUGACCAUGUAAUCAACUUUGGCCUGUGGUUUCAGAAAUUAACAUUUUGGCCUCAACUAUGCAACAUAUAUACUCAAUUGGCCCGAUUUGUGAAUUUUCGUCAAAUUAAACGGUCAAUAGUGUUUACCGUUAGAGCAUCCACAUUGGUAUUGCAUUCUCAA